AGCACGUUUUUCUACGAUUUUAUAUGAAGUGGAUUGAUGACCACUUCUUGAAGAAUCUCUUCAGCAUUGCAUGGAGAGCGAAAUGCUUUCUGAUGAAUUAGACUUAGAAGGUCUUUAGACGUAAAAAAAAGCCACCAUUUUUGAAAUCGUGAGCAAGAAAAUGGUGCACUCGUUCUCGAUUCUUAUGCGAAUAGGCCUGCUUUACAGGUUAAUUGUGGGAUUCGGAAAUAUCGUGACCCCUGCAUCUGGAACCUCCGUUGCAGCCGACAGCCCAGUAGUGACGCUUUCGUCUAGCGAAUUCGAUGCGAAGGUAGGCAAGCGUGGUGGUGGUGGCUGGUUUGUAAUGCUCCACGUUAAUUGGUGUGGAAUCUGUCGUCACGUGUUUCCGCUUUUUGAAGCGACUGCGCGACACAGCCGCGAUUUGUUGCCACCAUCCCAUCCACUUUAUCGCGCACCCGCUAUUGAACAAGUGAAGCCCGGUGAAGGUAGUGACGAUAAGACGAGGACUGCUACAUCUGGAGCGCAAGUAGACUGGUCUCCAUUGAACUCGACUAAUGACACGGCUAAGUGGCAGGAGCAUCAAAUUCAGGUCUCUGAGGAUGCUGUAUUCGGAAGUGGAAGAAGCGCUACAGGCUUCACUUUUGCCCAUGUAGAUUGCACCGACGACAAAGUAUUAGCCAAGCGCUUCCAGAUUCCUGGCUAUCCAGCAUUACUGUAUUGGGACGAUCCUGCCGAAGCUACAACCAUUGAACAUACUAAAAAGUCGGAUGGUGAAGGGAAUAACGAAGAUCAAGAUUUGACAGGAGCUACAACAGCUUCAUCUACUGGAGAGGAAGAAGAUGUGCUAUUUCGGACGCAGAAGAAGUAUAAAGGAAGCCGUUCUAUAGUGGGGUUUCGCCGAUUUGCACGGCGCAUGAGCGCGAGACCGGUGGUUCAUCGCCUUACGGGUGACAAAGUGGAGUCAGGGUUGCGCCAACUCGUGGCAGCAGAGAAAUCCUCUGGCUUCGUUUAUCGUAGUGCUGCAGAGAAAUCCCCUACGACAACUAUGGAUUCUGGACUCUACAAAGCAUUUUCAGAAUUGGCUUGGAAACAUCGCGACGAACAUCGAUUUUACCAUCUAGAAACUGAUAGAAAAAAUGUCGACGGACCGGAGAUUUUGUCGAAGUUCGCACCAGGAACCAUAAACGCGGUUGCGCUGAAGGGGUGGCACCUCGUUCAAACAGCGGAGGAGAGGGCAAAUGUUGAUGCUGCUAGCAAGCUGCGAAAAGACCCAAAAAUGACAGACUCGCCAUAUCCAGAUCAACAAAAGAUUGCCACGAAAGGAGUUAUCGACUCCGCUGCUUCAGACGCUGCUCUUGCGCAUACGGAAUUCGCUGCCUGGCGUUACAAUUCAACAGCUAAAAAGCCGAAGGUAUCACAAUUAGAGGACUGGGUCACUGACCGUAAAUACCCAGGCGUGUGGAACGUUAGCGGGCAAACCUUCGGCGAUAUCGUUCGAGGUGAGCGACCGGCGCUGCUUAUUGUGACGCCUAAUAGAACAGAGGAGACGGCAAAGGAACUCGACGACAUGACGUACUUGUACUUCCAUUUUGACUUCUAAGAUGAACAAGAUGAAGAUGAUUUCAACCAGCGAGAUGGAUUGAGUAUCCACGCGUAUUAAGUACAUGAUUUCGUAAAUUGGGUUUUACUAGGACUAGAAGAUGAUCCUUUAGUCCAAGAACAUUUGCAUGAAACUUUGUUUUGAGACGCAAGGAGGUGAUUGCACCUGGUUAUAGAUACUUGCAUGAUCUCUAAAAAUAACCUCACAGUCGGAAGCUGGAGAAGUCAUAUGAGGGAAGCGGUGUCUACCUUGGCGUGCUGGAGGGCAGCGAGUAUGCGGCAAGUUUAGAGGCCAUGAGCAUUUACAGCGAUCAACUUCCGCGAGUGUGGUUUGUGCAGGAUAACUUUCAGUCUUGGUACGAGGAUCCCGAUCUCCUCACGGUUAGGCACGUUCUUGAAGCAGCAAAAGGAGGGACGAACGCAACCGAGGUAUGUCUUAUUGAUUUCCCUCUGUCCACCGGGUCUGCUGUAUGGUUUGCUACAAUGAAUAAUGAGAAUUAAGAUAUAUUUACGACCAUGAAGUAAUUAUAUGAGUUGAUCUUGAAGAAAAGUAACUCGAAUUGUUGUAAUGGUUAAGAACCCUCCUUUCCUCCACGACUCCAGCAACUCCUCGAGUAUAUCUCGUCGCGAUGGCCGAUGCUCUUUCGACAGGACCGUGGACGUGUCACGGCCGUCCUGAACCAUGUGCGGUCGUUUCUUCGUUUCAUGGGUGCGUACCAGCAUUUUGCGAUGACAGGGGAGCUUCCUUACAUGUCGCUCAUUGUCGUUGCUGUCUGGGCCGUGGGGAUGUUGAUCUUCCUCUUGAGCGUUCUCGGCUACACCUUCAAAGCAGCAGUCGAAGCAUUGAGCGAAGAAGAGGACGUUCCCCACCACGUGACUCAGAAAAAGGACAAUUGAGUAGUAGAGGCUAAUUUGAAUUUCUUCUUUCCCAAAGGAGUCCCCAGAGUACUUUGUCCUCAUCUCAUUAAUGAAUAAGGUGUCUCCACCUGCUCCUGAAGGGUCUUGAACGAGGCAUCUAUGACAAACGUAAAGCACCUUGCUCUGAGACUAUGUUCCUAAUUCAGUUAUCCUUACCCCCUGCAUUAAUUAGUGCGCAAACCUGCAUCGCCGAGUGCGUACCAGAUUUUGACUUUCUUUUGAGUUCAAUUUUAGACAAGUGUCUUCUACACGCAACAUAACAAGG